AUGUCUCAAUUUGGAUUGUUCACGUUAUUAGUUUAUGGUUCGUUACUUGCUAUUUCAUUUAGCAGCAUUGCUCUAGCUGUUGAAUGCCUAGCUUCUGAUCAUGAAGCUCUUCUAGACUUCAAAAAUGGGCUUGAGGAUCCUCAGAACAGGCUCUCUUCAUGGAGAAACGCCGACUGUUGUCAAUGGCACGGAAUAUAUUGCAAUAACAUCACAGGUGCUGUUGUUGCAAUCGAUCUCCAUAACCCGCCUUCGGUGCAAGUUGAUUCAUCUCCAAAGUAUGGAAAAUGGAACCUAAGCGGUGAGGUAAAACCAUCAUUGAUGAAACUCAAGUCAUUAAGCUAUUUAGACUUGAGCUUCAACACAUUCAAGGGAAUACCAAUUCCUGAGUUCUUUGGAUCACUGAUGAAUUUGCAAUAUCUGAAUCUGUCAAAUGCUGGUUUCGCUGGCUUAAUUCCACCUCGUUUUGGAAACCUUUCUCAGUUGCAAUCUCUUGAUCUCAAAUCUUUUAGCCUACAUGUUGAAAAUCUACAUUGGUUGGCUGGCCUUGUCUCUUUGAAACAUCUUGCAAUGGAUGGAGUCGACCUUUCAUCGGUAGCGACAACAGAUUGGGUUAGUGCAUUAAACCAGCUACCUUCUUUAACGAAAUUGCAUCUAUCUUAUUGUGAACUUUUUGGCCAUAUUCCAUCUCCUCCAUCUCCCAAUUUUACUUCACUUUCUGUCUUAGAUCUUAGUUCUAAUAAAUUUGUUUCAAAAAUACCUGAUUGGCUUGUUAAUAUUAGCACCUUACAACAUAUUGACAUAAGCAAUAAUAAUUUGCAUGGAAAAAUUCCACUUGGUUUAAGAGACCUACCAAACUUACAGUAUUUGAAUUUAGGGAACAAUGUAAAUCUCAAAGCAAGCUGUUCUCAACUCUUGAUGAAAGGAUGGGGAAAUAUACAAAAGCUUGAUUUGUCAAUUAAUAAGUUACACGGGAGACUUCCUUCAUCCUUUGGUAACUUGACUUCUCUCACUUACCUUGACCUCAGUGACAAUGCUAUUGAGGGCGGUAUUCCUAGUUCCAUUGGUAAACUCUGCAUGUUGAAAUUUCUUAUAUUAUCAGGAAACAAUAUGACAGGAACUCUACCUGAGUUUCUUCAAGGAAUAAAUGAAUACCCUUCUAGAAAACCUCUUCCUAAUUUGGCGUAUUUUAUCAUGGACGACAACAAGUUGCACGGUAAAAUCCCAGAUUGGUUAGUUCAGCUAGACAGUCUAGUCGGUAUUACUCUUGCGCGUAAUUUGCUUGAAGGUCCUAUUCCUGUUUCCAUCGGGUCGCUGCAAAAUCUCACUGUCUUGAUGCUUGAAGAGAAUAAAUUAAAUGGUACUCUACCAGAUAGUUUAGGACAACUUUCUAAGCUGUCAUACUUAGAUGUUUCUUUCAAUCAGUUGACAGGCACGGUAACUGAGGACCAUUUUUCAAGGCUGGCAAAGUUGAAGAUUGUAGUGUUGUCUUCCAAUUCACUCACUGUGAAUAUCAGUGCCAAUUGGAUACCGCCAUUCCAAAUAUCUUUUCUUGUUAUGAGUUCAUGUGUUUUGGGGCCUUCUUUUCCACCUUGGCUUAAAUCACAAAAUAAGAUAGACUAUUUAGACGUUUCAAAUGCUAGCAUUUUUGGUUUUAUACCAAACUGGUUUUGGGAUAUAUCAUCCCGCUUAACGUUUUUAAACAUGUCACAUAAUGAGUUGCAGGGUUGGCUUCCAAAUCCAAUGCAUGUGGCAUUAUCUUCUGAUGCAGUUGAUCUAAGCUUUAAUCUUCUUGAAGGAUCGGUUCCUGUUAUAAAACCUGGCGUCGAGCUGCUAGAUCUCUCACACAAUCACUUUUCGGGUGCAAUCCCAUUAAACAUAUGUGAAAAAAUGAAUCAUGUGGGAUUUCUAUCUCUUUCUCAUAAUCAACUCCAUGGAGAAAUACCAUUGUCUUUAGGAGAAAUGUCGCGUGUUACUGUCAUUAAUCUUUCAAACAACAACUUAACUGGAAGGAUCCCUCCAAGCCUUGCAAAUUGCUCUAUUCUGGAUGUACUAGACCUUGGGAAUAAUAGUCUGUUUGGGACAAUUCCAGAUUCCUUGGGCCAGUUUCAACUACUCAGAUCAUUACACCUUAGUGACAAUCACUUUUCGGGGGAUUUGCCAUCAUCUUUAAGAAAUUUGUCAGUGUUAGAAACUAUGGAUCUUGGAAACAAUGAAUUGUCUAGUAUUAUUCCAACAUGGUUUGGGGAAGGUUUCACAUUUCUAAGAAUUCUUAUUUUGAGGUCUAAUGCAUUUUCUGGCGAAUUGCCACCUGAACUUUCAAAACUAGGCACGUUGCAAGUCCCCGACCUUUCCAGAAAUGACUUGACUGGAAGCAUUCCAGCAAGGUUGGGUGAUCUGAAAGCUAUAGUCCAAGCCAAGAAGAAAAAUAAAUACUUACUAUAUGGAGAUUAUGAAGGUCACUACUAUGAAGAAAGUUUGAAUGUGUAUAUAAAAGACCAAAGACUAAAGUAUACCAAGACACUUUCCCUUGUUACUGGCAUAGACCUUUCUGAUAAUAACUUGACAGGAAAUUUUCCCAAUGAAAUUACAAAACUAUCUGGUUUGAUGGUUCUCAACUUGUCAAGAAACCAUAUAACCGGCCAAAUUCCAGAAACCAUAUCAAAUUUGCAUCAACUAUCAUAUCUUGAUCUGUCGAGCAAUCAACUUUCUGGCACAAUUCCUUUAAGUUUGCCUUCAUUGACAUUUUUGGGGAGCCUAAACUUGUCCAACAACAACCUCAUGGGUGCUAUUCCUUACACAGGUCAAGUGACAACCUUUGAUACAUCAGCUUUUACAGGGAACCCUAAUCUUUGUGGCCCUCCACUUCCUUGGAAGUGCUCAGGUGAUGAUGAUCUCAGUGAUGAUGGCUCUGAAAGUGGACUGAGAAAUGAGGUGGAAAAUGAUAACUGGUUUUUAUUGAGUGUUGGUUUGGGGUUUGCAACAGGCGUUUUGGCUCCUUACUUAAUUUUAGUAAUGAAGAGAUCCUGGAGUGAUGCCUGUUUUAACUUUCUGGAUCAAGUUAUUAACAAGUUCUUAUUGAGGCUCCCACAACCACAAGGAAUAAAUAAUGGCCAAAGAAGAAGGAAGAGUCAUCAUAGGCAGUAA